ACUGAGAGACUUUAGGAUCUUUAGGAAUGAAGGAUCUUUAGGAUGUAGGGUCUUUUUAGGUGUAGAGGGUCGGGAUCGUAGGAUUCACGCGUAGUCGCUCGCCCGGAGUUUCCUUUUGCUCAAGCCAGGAACGUUGUGUGGCCCUCCGUUCAUUGUCGACACGGUAAGAGCUUGAUUUCAAUAUCAUAAAAGGAACUCAUUGUGCUUUGGUGCGAAGAUAUCUGUGUUAGCUUCGACAACUAAUCCAUAUCUAGCGCCAUUGACUAUCAAGAACUGAACCGUUAACCGCUUUGUGUAGUUAACUGCUUUGUGAACCGUUAAGCUUUGUAACCGUUAACUGCUUUGCGUAGUUAACUGCAAGAACUGAACCGUUAACCGCUUUGUGUAGUUAACUGCUUUGUGUAGCUCUUUUGUUUUCUUCAUUUAUUCAUCUAUUUACAAUUUCUAAUCCAUAAACGUCGUCUAUGACGCAAAAGUGUGCCUGUUGCUUACUCACUGCGAGCCUGUUACGAAGUUUCUUUCAUCUUCCAUAAAAGGGUGAUCUCGAACCUUCGUAUAAAAGAACUUGCUACGAAAUUUCCAUGUGAUACUGUAAUUGAUUAUAAGCAGUAUCCGUUGCGAUCCGGAUUGAUUAUAUGUUGCGAUCCGGAAAUUGUUGCUGAGAAUUUCGUAAAACAUUUUGGCGUUGUCGGCAGGAUCAAAGUAUUUUGAUUUGAUAAAUACUGAGUGAGACGUAACAGAAUAGCGAUGUUUAAGAAACUGCGGAAGUGUAUCGAAUUGCUUUAUUGAUAACUUGUAUUUGACAUGAGUUGCUUUAUUGGCUUUGUUCGGCUGUGAUCUCAGUGGCUAAUAGCCAGCGGUAUAAGAAAUUGCGGAAGUGUAUUGAAUUGCUUUGAAUUUAAAAUUUGUUCUUAAGGAAUUGAAGCUGUAACAACUGGAGUGUGGUGUUGGCAAUUUACGGGUUAAUAAUGUACUUAAAUUGAACUUGAAUUUAAUUGAUUCUAGAUUUCGUCAUCACGUGACGGUUUCGACUUUUUAGGGGAAUGUGAAUGGGGUGUAGGUUCAACUCCCCCUUUCAAUUGGAUGAUUGCAGUGGAAUAGAUCAUCGGAGUGGACAAACUUCGGAGCGCCCAAUCUUUGUCCAUUCCGAAGCGUUUUAUUCUGUUUUCUUUUUCAGCCUAAUGGAUUGAUGUGGAGACGGUGGAUUGGAACACCUGCGGGAAGAUCGCAGCGGUGCUGCGCUCCUCCGCUUCGAAGGUAGUGAUUGGCGUGGAGACGGUGGAUUGGAACACCUGCGGGAAGAUCGCAGCGUUACUGCGUUCCUCCGCUUCGAAGGUGGUGUCGGAUCCCGGGCCACCAUCCUCUGUGCUGUGGUGGAGGACGUGUCCUGCCGGAGGGAGGCUGCAGGGUGGACAUCACUUCCGCCUGCUCCAUAUAUAGGGGAACCGAUCCAAUCGGAAAUGAUGACUGUGUGUAAUUUACAGAAAUAGCAGAAGGAAAGGUUCCUAAGGGUGGUCACAUACUGCGGUUACGAAUGACUGUCCCUUAUUAGUUUGCAGAUAUCAUGAGUUUGUCCUGUUAUUACACCUAAUGUAGAUUAUUUUGUGAGACCUCAAGGGGAUUUAGCCCACAAACCAAUCCUACUUAUGACCUAUGAAACCACACCCACAAUUGCCUAACACACCGUUUUCGGGUUUUCUUGACAAUGUGGAGUUUUUCACUUGGAACAACCAGGCCUAUAAAUUGCAAUAAGGUUCUAGGUGGUGCUUGCUGUCCCCUGCUGCCUCACCUCACGAGCAAGAGCAUCGUUAGCGCGAACGCCCAGCGGGAGCUGAGGGAUGUAGGGUCUUUUUAGGUCUAGAGGGUCGGGAUCGUAGGAUUCACGCGUAGUCGCUCGCCCGGAGUUUCCUUUUGCUCAAGCCAGGAACGUUGUGUGGCCCUCCGUUCAUUGUCGACACGAGGAAAUAUUGCAUUACUUGGAGAUCAAGUUGUCUGAUCACAGAAGCCUGCUCACAGACACUUUUCCUGAUUUUAGCCUGCGCCCAAAGCACCACUUUGCUGACCAUUAUCCUUACCUUCUACGCUGUUUUGGUCCAUUGGUGGAAUUAUGGACAAUGAGAUUUGAAUCAAAACACAGCUUCUUCAAGAAGACUAUGCAUGAUGUUCAAAACUUUAAAAAUGUACUCCUCACGCUGUCAGUAAAACACCAACAGAUGAUGGCAUGCCAGUUUAAUAGCCAGAGUCUUUUCAAGCCAAUGUUACAUGUGGAGAAAGUAACUGACAUCAAAAUAUCUUCUUUGGAUGCUGACUUGCACACAGUGAUUCAGAGAAAGUAUCCACAUCUUGAAACUGUGUCCCUUUCUAAAGACAUUUAUUUUCAUGGGACCCGAUAUGUCGAGGGUAUGAUUCUGUCAUCUGGACACUGCAGUGGUCUGCCAGAAUUCUACAAAAUCGUGACCAUAGUGGUUGACCCUGAAAAAGUAGCCUUUGUUGGCAAAAAGCUCACGUCUUGGUACCUUGAACAUUUUAGGUCUUUUGAGCUUGUGGAGAGCAUCUAUGCAGGCAUUGAAAUUUUUGAUCCUCAGGCUCUCAACGACUAUCAUCCAUUGGUUGCGUACACAGUGGGAGGGAAGGUGCUGGUGACUCCAAAAGUGUGCCUGCUCCAUUGAAGUGACACAGAAAGGCUGGAAUGCUGCUGUUAGUAAAAUUCUCCCCACGAAUGUCCCGUAAAGUGACGAUUCCUGAGGUACCUGAAUCAGUUGAAGAAUUGCAAAACAUCCUUAAGGAAAAACUUGAACUUCAAGGUAGCUUCGCGUUACAAUAUGAGGACCCAGACUUCAAUAAUGCUCCGUGUAAUUUGAUUGACAUCCAUGAUUUGCCACCUGAGCGUGCUAUAUUGCACAUUCUUUGGGAUGAGACAUUUCCACUUGUUCAGCAAGAGUCAGACUCUGUUGGUUCAGAGUCUUCCCUGGACACAGCCAUUUUAUCCAGUAGAGAGUCAUUCCAGAGUCCCUCAGCUUUCAUCAGGAACCAUCUGCGAAGUGUCUCAGAGUGGCCUUCACCUUUUCCCAUCCCGUCUUUCUCCUACGAUGUGGAGUUGAGGCUGCGCAAAGGCAAUGAGGCAUAUGAAAGAACGAAGAAAGGUAUCACCUUAACCAGAGACAUGAAGAUAGACAUUUUGGACAAGAUCUCUCAGGCAGUGUUUGAACUGAAAGCCUAUCCUGAUCAUGACCAGAUUGAGUCAGUUGCUUCUGACCUCAUCAGUAGACAUCCAUGCCUUCGAGAACCAGGCAGUGAAACUGGAUAUGGCGGAUGGAAAACAAGCAUAAAAUACAAACUUGGUAAUUACAGGUCCAAGCUGCGUCAGGCAGGCGGUACUGAGGUUAGCAUUAACCAGAGAAAGAGGGGCAGUGAAGAUGCAAGCACAAGUCCUUCUCUGAAGAGAGCAAAGAGAGGUGAAAUUAACCAUCUCCCUGACCAUCCAGAAAAUUAUAAUGAUGACUCACUGGAGAAUGAAAGACUGGUUCUAGUUGAGGAUUUCAAGAGGAAGAACAAGAAUGUUGCACUCAUCAGACAAAAUAUGGAGCUGACUUUCUCCCUGAGACGCAGCGAGAUCGUGGAGUUGCAACCUAUGGUCUCAGAGAUACUGGAACAUUGGCCUGCUCUAUUUUGUGAGGAAGAGAUUAGAGAAGAGUUUUAUCGGAUCACAAAUAGAAACCUCCUGGAGAACUUUAAAGAAGCCCUCCAACAGAACACCUGUAGGCUCCUGAAACUCUAUCGAGCGAGAAGGACAGCUUCUCUGUCAGAGAUGGAUCAGGUCCUUAACAGCUUGGAUCAAGUGACAUCUGACAUCACUGCACAUCGACAAACUGCAGCUUUAAAGGGCCUUCCCUUGUAUCUCCGUGAGAGCCAGGAGAAGCUCUUCAGAACCUGUCUUGCCACUGACCCAGAUGAGGAGCAGACGAAGGGCCUCACUGUGGGUAUCCUCACUGUGCUGGAGGAUGAUGACACCACAGUGCCUCAAAGUGUCGUGAGUGUUGCUGUUGUUGUGGAAGAAGAGAUUGUCCUUCAAGAUCUCCCUGACCUACCAACUGCUUUUGCCUACCUCUUUGGACUGAUUUAUGCUUUAAACAUCCAGUACCCAAAAGAUCUCAAGUACACAUUCGAAACUGUGCAGAAGGUGUUCAUGGAACUUGGAGCAGACCUCUCUGCAAGGGUCAGAUCGCUCAAAAACAAACUCGUUCAGUAAAUCCAAAAGUUCUGGAUUUGGAGUUGUUGACCUCUAAAAGUUACUUUAGGUACAGCUCACAUGUUUUAUAUUUUUGAUUCAUACGUGUUCUGUAUGGUCUUGUCCUUGUGAUCACGUUGUAUGUUUUCGAUUCAUACGAGUUCUGUAUGGUCUUGUUCGUGCGAUUUUGAGACCUGAAGUUGUUGCACUCGGAAGAUUCAUACUUAUUUAUCAUAUUGGUUCCGUAUGAUAUUCUAUAGAUGACAUGCUUGAAAUUUUGAGACCAGAAAUUAUGUUGCUCAGUAACCUUUAAACAGAUUUAGUACAUUCAUAGUUGUACAUCAUACUGAUUCGCUAUGGUCUUGUAUACAUUACUUGUGUUUGAUGAUACUACAAGAUGGCACAAUAUGCUGUCACUCAUUAGUUUGCAAUAAAUGCACUUGGCCCUGUUGGAAGAGAUUUGAUGCUCGUAGAGUUUUAAUAAAACAAAUGUUUUGAAUAUAUUUAUUGCAUCUCCACUUAUUUCAACAUUUGAUUUAUGCAUUUGAUAAAACAUUAUCGAUUAUAUUAUUAGGUAGGUAUAGUAUAUACUUACUUAACCCAACUACUUGGGUUAUGUGCACUUUUUACUCAGAAGUGCAUUCUGUGUAAGAACUUACAGAGGAUUCAUUACAAUAUUAUAAAUUAGUACAAUUUAAAGGACAGUUAGUGGAAGUAAGGAUUAAAUGUUGUUAC